UGUUGCUUUGCUUUCUCCAAACCCUAGCCAUGGCGGCAAACGAGGAAGAGAAGACUUUCGGAGAUCUCGGCAUAUGUGAGCAGUUAGCCGAGGCCUGCAGUUCCCUUGGAUGGAGGGCACCGUCGAGAAUCCAAGUGGAAGCCAUCCCCCACGCUCUGCAAGGGAAGGAUUUGAUCGGACUCGCACAAACGGGGUCCGGUAAAACCGGGGCUUUUGCUCUCCCGAUUUUGCAGGCGCUUCUUGAGAAGCCGCAGCCCUUCUUUGCUUGCGUGCUCUCUCCCACCAGGGAGCUGGCAAUCCAAAUUAAAGAUCAAUUUGAAGCUCUGGGCUCUGGCAUUGGCGUUAAGUGUGCUGUGCUUGUGGGAGGAAUAGACAUGGUGGACCAAACGAUAUCACUUGGAAGGCGCCCCCACAUAGUGGUGGGGACUCCUGGGCGUCUCUUGGAUCAUUUGUCAAAUACUAAAGGAUUUAGCCUUCGCUUGUUAAAAUACCUGGUUUUGGAUGAGGCUGACAGACUGCUUAACAUGGAAUUUGAGAAAGAAAUUGAUCAAAUCCUGGAGGCAAUUCCUCGAGAUCGACGGACAUACCUUUUUUCAGCGACAAUGACAAAAAAGGUUAGCAAAUUGCAGAGGGCCUGUCUUAAGAAUCCUGUAAAGAUUGAAGCAUCCUCCAAGUACUCAACAGUUGAUACACUCAAGCAAGAGUACACUUUUUGUCCUGCAAAGUUGAAGGAUUGCUUUCUUGUACAUAUUCUGGCAGAGAUGUCUGGAAGUACUUCAAUGGUUUUCACCCGCACAUGUGAAUCGACAAGGCUUUUGUCCAUGUUUCUUCGAGCUUUAGGUUUAAAGGCCAUUCCAAUUAGUGGUCAAAUGAGCCAGGCAAAGAGGUUGGGAGCCUUGAAUAAGUUCAAAUCUGGGGAUUGCAGCAUUCUUAUAUGCACUGAUGUGGCUAGUAGAGGUCUUGAUAUUCCUACUGUGGAUAUGGUUAUAAAUUAUGACAUUCCAUCAAAUUCAAAGGAUUACAUCCACCGGGUGGGUAGAACUGCACGAGCUGGCAGAUCCGGUGUUGCAAUUUCCCUGGUGAAUCAGUAUGAGCUCGAAUGGUUCCUCCAAAUCGAGCAGCUCAUCGGUAAAAAACUACCGAAAUAUCCUCUAGAACUAGACGAGGUGCAGCCGCUGAUGGGACAAGUAUCAGAUGCCAAGAGGAUUGCUCUUGCGAAAAUCAAGGAAAAAGCAGGCUCCUGGAAGAGGAAAAGGGGUAAGGCAGACGACGACGAAGAACGGUGAAAAGUGUGCCCGUUUGUAUUCGUCUCCGUACUAUCAAAGCAUCCAAAUGCUGAAACAGUUUUGAGCCACAUUUGAGAGUCCAGUUUCCGGGUUAGUUUUUAUUCUUCCUUUUUAUGUGUAAUGUAUAGAAAUCACUAACAUUCAUUCAUAUUUUCUGGAAAGAAAAUUCAUGGCCUGGAUGCUUGAGCUGUGGCA